CAGUGUCUAAGUGACUUUUUACGUCAUUGUUGAUAGUGCGUGGUGCUGUGUGUUUGUGUUUGAUUUCCACCUGUUGAGAUGAGUAUGUCAAUGCGGUCUGUGCUCGUGGAGGGCCCGCAGCGGCCGAAGGGACCCUUCACGUACGCCAGCACGCCUCGGGCGCUUUACAAUAACAUGAAACUCAGAAAAGAUCCAUCAUGCGAAGAGAUGGGGCCACGAAAUCUGAUGCACGACAGGCGCGUGGUACGCGGCAGCACAUUCGCCCCGCAGACUGCGCAUGCGCACGCCGCGGGCGAUGGCGCAAGCAAGUCUAGGCGGCGCGCAUUAGCUCGGCGAGCAGCAUUGGCGAGACUGAGACCAGGCACGCCGCCUCCCGCCCCCGGCCGGCGACAUCUGCCGGUGCAGACUGAACACUACUUGCAAGAGCUGUUCGACAAAGGCGUGGAACUGGAGGUGGGCGUGCAGACGGACCUAUUCGCAGACCGGCCCGCCACGCCAAUCUACGUGCCUGCCAAGACAGGUGCCGACGCACACACGCAGAUAUACCCUGGAGACCUGUUCGACUUCGACUUGGAAGUGCAGCCGAUCCUGGAGACGCUGGUGGGCAAGACGGCGGAACAGGCGCUGGCGGAGGUGGCGCAGGAGGAGGAGCUGGCGACGCUGCGCGAGCAACAACGCCGCUACCUCGAGCUGCGGGACGCCGAGCGCGCUGAACGCCAGCGGCUGCUUGCGCAAGACAUACGCCUGCAGGCUGAGAAGGAGCGUCGUGUGGGCGAGGCGCGGCUGGCGCAGGCGGCGGCGGGCGAGGCGCGCGCGCGCGCUGCGGCGGCGGCUCUGGUGCAGGGCUACGUGGCCGAGCUGCUGCCCAGCGUGCUGGCCGGCCUGCGCUGCCAUGGUUAUCUAAUCGAGAGGAUACAGACUGGCGUGAACGAAGAGGUAAUGCCGUGGCUGGUACAAGAAGUGUCGCUGGAGAUUGAAUCCAUUAUCACAAGCCGCGAUGUCAUCACAGAGAUCGUACGCGAGGUUGUGGAGACUCGUGCGCAGGCGCCGACGCCGCGGUACAUGCCCGACUCCCCCACGCCACCCUCCACACCCAGCAUGAUGCUAGAAGGAAUGGAGGAAGAGUAACGGUAGCGUGCUUGCGUAUCAAACUACGCUUAGAAAAGUUUCAGCGAUUGUAAUAAGAUGAUCAAAUUGUAAUGUGUAAAUAUCUAAGUAGUUUUGUAAUAGUUUUGUUAAAAAUUUACAUUGUUAUUUUGUCAUUGUUGCAUAAAUCAGUUUUUAAUAAAUGAAAUAUUGUAAUUCAUAAUAAAUGCAAGUAAACCUAAAUUAAUUUACAAUUAUCCGAAUAAAACGUAUAAUUUUCGGAUGUAAAAUUAUUGGUCCUUCGAGUCGGUUAAGAAAUUACA